CGAUAUCUGACACGUUACAUACAUACAUACAUAUUCAUGGUACUCACUGCUCAAACUACACAGUACUGCUCUGCAUGUAUCCUUCCAUUAGUGGCUGCACAUCUCCCCCUAGUGGCUGCACACUGCUCCCCUACAAUCGGAUUCUGAUGUCUAUAUCCCAUCUCUCUGGACCCCGCAUUCACUAUAUCCGGUCUCCCCGGACCCUGCAUUCACUAUAUCCGCUCUCCCCGGACCCUGCAUUCACUAUAUCCGCUCUCCCCGGACCCUGCAUUCACUAUAUCCGCUCUCCCCGGACCCCGCAUGAAUCUCAAACCUCCUGCUGCUGUAGUCUCCAUCAGCAGUAUAUAGCAGUCUUGUGACUUCUAUCAGUGUCCAGCUGAGGAGGAGUUUUCAUUCUCCUCUGACUGUUAUGAGGCUGUAU